UUCCCCUUACACCGCUUCAACGAAACCGGUUUCGUUGAAGCGGUGUCGCUGCAAAUCCUGUUCAGCUUUAAUUUUUCACGUGUUUCUUUGGAAGUAUUUUGUUUAUCUCAAAUAAUGUUAUUACGAUAUGUGACCGUCCUACCACGGCAAUGUUCCAUUAUUCGAAGAACCAUUCAUAUGUCCUCCAAGACCUGUCAUCCAAUGGUUCCUAUUGUCAUUGAAUCAACAGGAAGAGGGGAAAGAGCUUACGACAUUUUCUCCAGACUCUUGAAAGAAAGAAUUAUCUGCAUUAUGGGACCAGUCACUGAUGAUUUAUCCAGCCUUGUUGUUGCACAACUUCUUUUCUUGCAGUCUGAGAGUAGCAAGAAAGCCAUUCACAUGUACAUCAACAGCCCAGGUGGUUCAGUAACAGCUGGUCUCGGUAUUUAUGACACAAUGCAGUAUGUGCAGCCGCCUAUCGCAACGUGGUGCGUUGGUCAGGCCUGUAGCAUGGCAUCACUGCUAUUGUCGGCAGGAACACCAGGAAUGAGGCAUUCAUUGCCAAAUUCUAGAAUUAUGAUUCAUCAACCUUCAGGACAAGUUGGGGGUAAAGCUACAGAUAUCAUGAUCCAUGCUGAAGAGAUCCUGAAACUAAAGUCACAGCUGAAUAACUUGUAUGUAAAACACACCAAACAGCCAUUGGAAAACAUUGGUAAGUUCAGAGCUUGGGAAAAAUACUUAGUCAGUAUUUUCAAUGGUUGGAAGGGCAUCCAGCUGUAGAAACCUUGCCAGAUC